UUCCAGGUCUCUGCCAGGGAUUGGGGAUUGUCGAUUCUAUUCUCCCCACCCCGUUCAUCUGAACACUUUAUAAUCUGCAUAGGAGGGGCCUCCAGGACCACACAUCUGGAAUCCAGGAUCAAAGAACUGGAGCCCAACUUCAGUUAAAGGGAAGCAGCCAGCAUUUUGGCCCUCUGUUGGAAGAGAUGGUGAUGAGUCUGGGACUCCUGUUCUUGGUCUUCAUGCUGGCGCUGGGUCUGACCCCCCCACCCCUGACUCAAGAUAACGCCAGGUACAAACACUUCCUGAGCCAGCAUUAUGAUGGCAACCCGCGGGGCCGGAAUGACAGAUACUGCGAGAGCAUGAUGGUGAUCCGAGGCUUGACCACGCCCUGCAAAGAGAUCAACACCUUCAUUCACUACAAGAAGGGCAGCAUCAAGGCCAUCUGCGGAACUAAGAAUGGAAUCCCACACGGAGAAAACUUAAGGCGAAGCAAGUCUCCUUUCCAGAUCACCACGUGCAGACAUGUGGGAGGGUCCCCCCGGCCACCUUGCCGGUACAGAGCCACCCAAGGCUUCAGAGACAUUGUGGUCGCCUGCGAAAAUGGCUUACCGGUCCAUUUUGACGAAUCUCUCUUCCUCCGACAACCAGCAGGCCACUAACCCCGAGCUGAGAUUGGCAUCCUUCCCCUCGUUUUCCUUCCACACCCCAGAGUGGUGGGGGCAGCAUUCAGUGCCACGGGCCCAGAAAAUGAACUGCCUGGAUCUUUUGUUUUCUGUUUUACAACCUGGUUAAUAAAAUUUUUUGAAAUGUG